AGCAUGUGCCUUGCUCUAACCUAAAUAACCCCAGAAAGCAGCUGCUGGGAAAAGCAGUACUGAAUGCAGGAUGGAUUUUUUUCUCUGCACUCCGGGAGGAAGCUGGCUCAGGGAUUCUUAGCUGCAGAGGGAGGGGCAUUCGGGCUUGGACUGCAGUCCUGCCUUGCAGCCAGGGGUUUUCUGGUUUUCAUUAAAAUUCUUGGGCUGUCUUUCGAGGUUGCUCCAUUGGAUAUGACUGUGCUGUAGCUGCGUGUGCUGUUCUCUCAGCUUCACACCCAUCACAUACCAGUGGCCCCAGGAGGAAAGAAAAUCGAAGCCGUGUAAAUGAGUAUGGAAGAUUAUGAUUUCCUGUUCAAAAUUGUUUUAAUUGGCAACGCUGGAGUGGGAAAGACGUGCCUAGUUCGAAGAUUCACUCAGGGUCUUUUCCCCCCAGGUCAAGGAGCCACAAUUGGAGUUGAUUUUAUGAUUAAGACAGUGGAGAUAAAUGGUGAAAAAGUAAAGUUACAGAUCUGGGACACUGCGGGUCAAGAGAGAUUUCGCUCAAUCACCCAAAGUUAUUACCGAAGCGCCAAUGCCUUGAUCCUUACCUAUGACAUCACCUGUGAGGAGUCCUUCCGUUGCCUUCCUGAGUGGUUGCGAGAGAUAGAACAGUAUGCUAGCAAUAAGGUCAUCACUGUGUUAGUGGGCAACAAGAUUGACCUGGCUGAAAGGAGAGAGGUAUCCCAGCAGAGGGCAGAGGAAUUCUCAGAGGCUCAGGACAUGUAUUACCUGGAGACUUCAGCCAAGGAAUCCGAUAAUGUGGAGAAACUCUUCCUUGACUUAGCAUGCCGACUCAUCAGUGAAGCAAGACAGAACACACUGGUGAACAAUGUAUCUUCACCCUUACCCGGAGAGGGGAAAAGCAUCAGCUAUUUGACUUGUUGUAAUUUCAACUAAAGGCUGAGGCAAAGAGAAUCAAAGGGAAUCAGUAGUUGCCUUGGUGGGCCGUAUGUUGCUAGGGAAUCUGGCAAUGACUAUGGCUCCCGCUCUUGGACCUUCUGACUCCUGUAGGCUCCAGAGCUUACAAAGCAUGCAGGCCAAGGGCCUCGACUGCAGGCCAGCAUUAGCAGAACACAUAAUGGUUUCAGCCUUUUGCAGUCUGGCAUUGGAGCAAGGAGAAAAUUGCACUAAGCGCUCCAUGAUCUGCAGAGCAUGUUGCUUUUGUUUUUUAAAAAGCAAGUAAAAAUGCAUUCCUGAACACAGUGCAGGGGAUCAUGUACUGUAGGAAUCCCUCCUGUGUGUCAGCGGGUGCAUGUGGGGCUGUUCUCUAGGCUUCAGUGGUAAUCUGGUGCCCAUGGUUUUCUUGUCUACCAGGUAAACCAAAACUGGAAAGGCCCAGUUCUGUCUCUGUGGUACUUAGUGACAACCCCAUGGAGAUUUUGAAAAGUGUUAUUUCUUUUGUCCACAAGCACUUUCAAAACCUUUGGGAUGUAAAAACAAAAACUCUUCUCAUGACCAACAGUAAAAAUUAUUGUCUGAUAACAUAUACAGCUCCAUGACUCCUUUUGGUGCUAAUGAUUAUGGUAUUUCACAGACCAAACGUUUUACUACAUUGAUAUUGAUACCCUUAGAUGUAUUACCUAGAAAUAAAAAAAAAAAAAAUGGGGGAAAUCCAUGAAUCAGCAGUCUUUUUCAAAGCCUCAUUACCACCUUUUCUAGGAUGGGUUUGGACAUGAGAAUCCUUUUUCUUUCAUAUUCUCCUUGAAAUUUCUUAACUUUCUCCUAUUCCUUCAAACACCUUUCCUGCCCUUUAAGUAAAUCAAAGUCUGAAAAAAAAUGGGGAAAAAUACAAUGGAUGAUGGCAUUAAAAUAAAAAAGAUUACUUGUAAGACAUUUUGAGUAGCAUGAGAAAACAGAGCAGAUAUGACCAAAAUACUGUGGAAUACGGACUGACUACAGAGCAGGGUUCCAGACAGAGCACAGUCCUUCAUAACAAAUUGCACCUUUUCCUUUCUGGAACUAUCCUUGGCUAGACCAAGGCUUAGGAUUUUGUAGACAUUUUUAGUAUGAUAAGUGAGAAUAGCAACAGAUGAAAAGUUUCACAAACUUUUUGUAUCUUCAAGAAACUUAGUAAAGGCCUGCUUGGGAAGCAAGCCGAGUUGUCAUUUAUCAUCUUAUAUUAAUGUUGAUCUCAGAUUCAUGACAAUGCAUUCUUUUCCCUUUAUCUUUUCUUUCCUCUGGUCUCACCUCAGAGCUUUCCUUUUCCACUCCCUCUUCUUCCUUCCCAUCCUGGUAUGCAUGUGUUACCGCAAAUCUCCAAUUCAAAUGGAGGUAUAUAUGCCUUUACUUAGCCAAUUUCAAAACAGGUCUCAGAUUGGAAGAUGUGCUGCUGAAUGGGUUCCUGUUUUCUUCAGUGCCAUGAUUUGAUACCUUCCAAUUUGUUCACGCUCAUGAAUGCAAAUUGCGACAGCAAUUAAAUCUGUAUGCUGUUGGUGCCGUCAGGUGUUUCUGGGCUUGCUGUAUAGCAUAACUGAGUGAUGAAUCACUGAAUGAGGAUAUGACGUGUAAUUCCGCUGUUGGUAUUGAUGGUGACAGUCUUGGACAUGACACGACACUCUUGGGAAGCUACUGAAUUGUAAAGCAGUGAGUCAACACAGCAGGCUAUUGGUAAUACAUUUCUAGCAUUUAUCUAGCAGAUUCCAUAAUGUCCAAUCUGUUUCACAUGGGACUGCGUGUAUUAUUACCCAUCAUUGGUAUUGUAACUUGCUCUCUAUGCUUUCCUUGAUUCUAUAAGAAAGAGAAAGGCUUGCCAAAAGUUUGCACUGCCUUUCCUUUAUACAGGGAGAAAAAUCACUUGAAUUGAAAAUCAAAAUCAUUUAUCAUUACCUUGACUUCUCUAUUAAGCCAACAACUAAAGAUAAACUAAUCAUGGUUACAGAAGAAUUUAUCUUUCUACUGUGAGAGAAUGUCCCUAAAUUUAGAUUUAUUUACUUUUCUUUACCAAAAACUUCUGAUCUCCUCGGCAUAUGAUGACUCAGCCUUGUCUCACAGCACUGUUAAAAAUAAUGUUGCUUUGGGAACUUUAAGGGCUUUGUUAGAAUGGACUAAUUUAGUUCCAGAGUAACAGUUAUUCUUAUUUCUUAAGCGUAUAGCACCCCCAUCUGCCCUCCAGGUUCAGAAGCAGCUCAGGAGCUCUACUCCAGGUCCCUCUUCCCCUGGGUCUCUGAGACGUUCAGGAGAUCACAGUCAUCAAUCCUUGGGCCGUUAGUGUGGACACCUGAGAAGCUGGACCCUUACGUUCCACAGUUCUGUGACUUUCAGAUUAGGCCUUUUGGAUAUUUGUCCAGUGAUGUGUCUCAAAUUUGAGAACAAUCUUUGACAAUAUUAUAGGUGCAAUAAAUACCAGUUUAAUAAAUGAUUCAUUGCCAAGAUGUUUUUUAUUUGUUUUUUUAAACGAAAGUCUUUAAAGUGGUAAUUGAGAAAGAGUCAUCUUAAUCUAGGGAAGGACAUAAAUAUUAUUUUGCCUAAUAAUUCUUAUUGGCAGGGCAAUAUCUGCUCUGAUAAGCCAGUUUUACAUAAAAUUGUUUAAUGGUGAAAAAAAAACAAGAUUUGAUUUAUUGUAAUGUAGUUUGGCUUAUCCUGACGAGACCAUCUCUUUUUCCAUUUGUGAUAUGUUAUUUUUCUUUUUUUAAAUAAAAUUAUUAAAUACACGGCAAUCUUCUGUAGCUUCCAAUGAAAACACAUGUUCAGGUUCUAGAGUCAUGCUGGGAAAAGAUCUAUGGAAUCAUAUAAUUGUCUGAUAUAGCUUUGUAUAGACUGUAUCCUCAAGGACUUAGUGAUUUCUCCUUUUCCUACACAAAGCUGUGUUCCUUUGUAUUCUUUUAUUAGAUCUGUUGGAUUGUAUUAAUAUUUAAUUAUAUAGAGCCAAUUAUCUUUUGUGUAGACUUGUAAGUUGACAUCAUUGGCUUUUUCUGGCUUUCAUUUCUCACCCAUAUUUUAGUCCUUUUUGAUAUCAGCAUCUUCCCUAAGUGGCAAGACAAUAACUAAACAUGAAACAAAUGUAUUAGCAUGACAGUCCAUCAAGUUCUGCUUGUGAAACUAAGAGACCACUGACCAAAACAGGAUGUUUGGACUAGCAUGAUUCAAGGCAAUGAGGCUUGAUAGAGGGAGGAAGCAGAUUCUUUAUCUUCUUUUCAUGAAAGUAUUCCUUGGAAGGACCGAGUGACUGACUCCCAGUGUUAGAUCAAGGAUUUGCCAGUCUACUCUUUGAGCUAUCCCACAGCAUCAACUUUUGGUUAGACUGAUUCUGAAAAAAUAUCAGUUGCGAAUCAUUUUGAACUUGUACCCCCACCCCCACCCCAUGUAUGAUACCAGUGGCCUUAAAGAUAGGGAAAGUUUCUGAGUCUUAAUCCUACAGGACGCUCUGUAGCACAUGGCCAUACAUACGUAAGAAUCACUUUCCUAUUAGCUUCUGGAAGAAGUUGUAGGUUUGGACGUUUUUUUGUUUUUGUUUUGUUUUGUUUUGAGAAUUUUUAGCUGCUAUGGUUUACUUUCUUCCUUCAGCCAUGGUCUUGAUAGGUAUGUUUCACAUCUUUUCCUUCUGACAAAAUGUAUUCCACCUAAGCAAUUACUGUUAAACACUAAACAAAGAUAUAUUUUCUCCUCUGGGUUUUCUGUUCCUGUGGCACAAGUUUAUUUGUGUUUGAAAGGAACACUGCCUUCCUUUACACUGUACACACAGGCAAUAUUGGUUUGAUAUUAUCCCUUCAGAUCAGUCAUUAAUAUUGAAUAAUGUAGCUGUCAUUUCAUCUUCUUCCUAAAUCUCAGGAUGUUCUUGGUAUAAUUACUCCUGGGAGGCACUGCCUUUUUUGUUUUGUUUUGUUGUUGUUAUUUUGAGACCAGAUCUUAGUCUACAUAGAAAUCACAUUGUAAUUCAGACUGGCUUUGAACAUUCUAUUGCCUCAGUCUUACUGGGAGUAUAGAUGUGAGCCACACUGGCUAUCUUGGUGAUCUUUGAAAUUAAAAACAAAUGGAGGGAUAACUCGCUGUGUAAAUGAACUUAACAUUUAAGAUAGUUGAAGAUUAUUUGAAGGAUUUUUGUGGGAUGUGGCAUAGAGAGGAAUAUAACUAGUAGAUGCUUCACAGUUCAAAGGGGUAGAAUGCAGACCACCACACUAUAAAGCCCUAGAGCCGCAGACUGGGCUCUGUGUUAGGGAGAAUUUCUCAAAACAUUGGAACCCUCUGGUAGUGACUGCCUUUCUGUCAAGCAAAGGGUAGAUAUAAACUGUAAAGAAAAUGUGGAGAUGACCUACCUUGUUGAUUGAGGGUUGAACCAGAUGCUCUAGUAACUCAAAUUUCUAGAUUGUAGUACCUUUCCUUAUGCUCAACUAAAUAUAUGUUGACCAACAACUAAUGACAUUUAAAAAAGAAAAGGCUUUUUCUUCUGUCAUAAAUGCACUACCGUCUAGGGAAAAGGUUAACUAUGUAUCCUUACGCCAAGAGACUGAUCUGCCAUUAUGUCCUAAACUAGAAAUGCCUUGUCAGCCCCUGUUGAAAUCAAACUGGCUUCCAAGUUAAACAUGGGAGAGGUAUGUAUCAUUUAGGCCAGGGCUAUGUGAAAUCAUGGAAAUUAUUCAUCUCAUUUGGCUUAGUACACAAUGUCUUCUCUUCAGGAUUUUAGAAGUGUUUUAGUGUAAGAGGAUCCUCCAUUAAAGAGUCCCCCAGUAGUCCAGUGUUCCAUGAGAGGAGGAUAGGAGGGUCACCGGCAGAAAUCCAUCCUUAAGAUCCACUUGAGAAAGUCUCAAAUGACAUUUGAUAGGUUUUCUUGAUUUGGGGGAAAAUGAGUUUGAAAGGGUGAAGGCCAAUUGGCUUUAUGUACAAAGUAACAAAACAGGGCUUUAACUUGAAAAUAAAAUCACUUAAAGCAGUUUUUGCUAAUUAAAAUUUAUAAAAUUCCAUUUUUAAAAUAGCGUAUACCCUUUCCAGUCUGACAGGUGGCUCUUCCUUAGUCUUUACAAAAGCAAACCAUUGCGCUUAAAUCAGUCUGGGGAGAAAUAUACUUAAUUUGGGUGGGACUUCCUCUGACUCCUUGUAGAGGAAAUCUGAAGACAAAGGCUGGUUGCCAGUUCUUAUUUGGCCUCAUCAGGUGCAUGAGUUAAUUUUUAAUUUUUUUCUUGCUUUUCCUCCGAUUUAAAGCAGAAUGGCAGAUGCUGAGCCAUAUUCCAAUGAAAUUCUUGGUCAGUGGCGACGCCAGAGGGUGGUAAAGGGAGAGGCAUAAAAGUGAGGCAUUAGGUUAGCUGUGUGCAGCCCUACAAUAUAAAAGUUAGGGAAGGCUGUGGGCAAAGUUGGAACUGGAGCUUCCUCAUCUGUGAGAUGAACCUGUUAGGAAUAUGCUGAAAAUUAGAUGAGAUAAAUUAAAAAUACGUUGCUCAGCAAAUAGGAAGAACUCAAAUAUUAGAGUUUUUUUGUUUUUGUUUUUGUUUUUCUUCUACCUACUUUAGACUUUGGAAGUAGAGGCAGUGACGUGUGACUUUAGUCCCAGGUACUGGGGGAGCCGAGGUGGGAGCUAGGGUAACAAAGGGAGACUCCAUUUCUAGACUUUAAGAAAUGGUUUGGGGCAGUCUGUUAUAAAGAAAAGAGUUCUGUUUCUACAAGGAAAUCUCUGAUUCACUUUGUUUCUUUCCAUACAUCUUGGGAGACAUUCUGUCUCAACGGACGAUUCCAGGGUUGUAAAUUCCUUAUCAGGAAACUCUCUCUUAGAACUGAAAUACCUCACAGUGCAAUGCAAACCUCUUCUUGGUCUUGUUCUCCACGGGAAGACCAUGCCCUGGUUGUUAUCUUUAAGGGGUCACAUUUGCUGUCUACUAUUGCCCUUGUUUGUGUUUGAAAACUAGGUCAUAAAAGCGUGUUAAGGUGGUUAUUGUUAUCCUCUUGGUGAACAUCAGGGUAGUUGUUGACUCUUAGUUUCUUACUGGGAUCAGACUUAGAUAAUGAUACUAUUGAUUAGCUCUUCAAUUACUCAUGCUUUUCUCCUGUUACUAAUAAUGUAUAAUGAAUGACCAAGAAAGAGUAAUUCUGGUCGUGUGGCUCUUCUUUCCAUCUGUAGGUAAAAAUGGAAUCAUAAAUCCCAGUUAUAGGAUCUGCUUUUAGAAUUUAAUUCCACAUAUGACAUCACUUGAUGAAUGUAUUACUAAUACUCCAAGAUAUUUUUAUCCUUCUUUCUAUGUGUGUGCUACAUUUUGAAAUAAAAAUUGGGGUACUAAUCUCCCAAUAGAGCAAAAAUUCAUAUACAGAGUAAGAAAAGAAUCUGUUUGGUUAGAAUAAUUCACUAGUUGGUGAAUGGCACAUAGCUUUUGUUUAAAAUUACACAGUUAUGCCUGAGUAAAAUAAUAAUAAUAAUAAUAAUAAUAAUAAUAAACUUGAUAAAGCCCUCUGAAAAACAGCUGCUAAGCAUAUUGCUUCUGGAAUGUAAUCAUUAGGAAUAAAUAUUCUCAUGUCCUAUACAAUUACAGAAUGUUAGUGGAACUUUCUUGUAGACUAUUUGACAAUGAAUGUCAGUUGAUUUACUAAAUGAAUUUUUUAAGUAAUUUUAUCCUUUAAGGAUUGGUUGGGAUUUUCAGGUCCCUGACAUAAAACAUUUCAAAUGAUUGGAAUGCUGGCUUCUAACUUCUACUCAUUGGAGUGUCCGUCUAGACAUACCAGAUGGUUAGAGCUCCCUUGAUGGUGUGUAAACAAGACACACAAAGCUGUCUUAACUAGUGCAUGAGUAAAAUUGCUAUUUUCAGAAAAGAAAAAAAUUCUGCUAAAAAUUUCAAUAAAGAACUAAGACAAGAAUUAAAAAAAAAGUAUGCCCUGUAUAUUAUUGCACACAGUUUAUUGCAUGACUUUUAGCAUAGGGAUGAAAUAAAAUGCAAAAUAUUUAAUUCUGGAGAUCUCAGCAGCUAGUUAAAAUAUUUACAGAAGCUGCUUUGUGAAGACUUAGAAAAUCCUUGAUUUUCUUCAUUUUCUUAAUCUCUCCAUUAAAACACAGAUAUUUUACGUAUACAGUUUCAGCAAACAGGUUGACCAGUGAAUUUUAUGAACUCAAUUCCUACUAUAUGGCUACUGGUUUUAUGCAUAAGAUCUCAGUAAACUCCACAUAUAUAUCACUAUAUAAAUCCUAAUAAUCUACUUUAAUAUAAGCAUAGUUCUUGGUUUUAAAUGUCAAUAUGCAGAUAUUAACAGUACAAUAUAUAUUUUGUGUCCAUGUAUUAUUUUUACUUAACAAAAAGGCCAUUAGAAAUAUAAGCCACUGGUAACCCAAGUACAAUUAGUUAAAUACAUUGUGUAGAAAGAAGAUUUAUAAAAAAAAAAAAAUUCAAUCCAAUUUCAAAAAGGGGACAAAGAAGAACCAGGAACCCAAAGAAAAUAUUUUAAAGUUAAAUUAUGUCUUUUAAACAUUCACACAAUCCACACACAGUAACUCACCCCUUUGAAGUAUAAAAUGCAGUGUUUUUAGUAUACUCAUUAUAUUGUACAUUUCACUACUCUCUAACUUCAGAAUAUGUCAUUCCCAAAAGACUCUGUAUCCAUUAGCAGCCAAACUUCCUUCUUCCCCUGCAUCUGGCAAUGGUCCAUCUGUUUUCUGUCUCUAUGGAUUUGCUUUUCAUAUAAUAUAACCAUACAAUGUGUGGCCUCUUGUGUCUGGCUUCUGUUAAGGUUUUCAAGGCUCAUCUGUGUUGUAGCAUGAGUCAGAACAUUCUUUUUAAGGCUAAGUAAUAUUCCAUUGUGUGUAUGUGUAUAUAUGUAUGUGUGUAUGUGCAUUGUGUGUGAGUGUGUGUAUUAUUUUAUUUGUGAAUUAAUCACAUUUUGGAUAUUUAGAUUGUUUCUACUUUCUGGUUAGCAUAAGUAAUGCUGCUAGAACAUUUAUGUAAUUUUUGCACAUGGUCAUAUGGUUUCUUACACAUCUCAAAAACAAUUAGACUAACAAAUCAAGCAAUUUGUAUUUAUUUAACUAGAACAUCUUAAAGUCCUGCUUGGAGAAUGAAACUUAUGAUCUUGGUUAAAUUGAUCAACAGGACCCCUGAAUAAUGCCUAGCUGUCAGGUUUAUUUGUGAGAAUCUUUCUGUGAGGAUGUCAUUUUGAUAUGGCUACCAAUUUUAUAAGGAGUUCUUUAGUCUUUGUAGAAAUUACAUUGUCAUCACUGAGAAUUUCGAAGUGCUCAGCAUUCCUUUAAAGACAGCUACCAAUCAUACUGGAGAAGGCAUUCAUUAAACCUGGUAGGAUCAUUCAGUCAAUGAAGGAGCAUUGGUUUCUUAUUUAUCAACUGUCUCAACAUUUGGAUCUUCCUCCUUGGAAAAAAGAUCAUCAAAUCGCCAAACCUACUGACUGUUGUAGUUUAAGUUUUAUCAUUAAGAGGUAAUUCAUAAUGAGAGUAAAAGUGUAAAGGAUGUAUUUUGUGUGUAAAGAAUGAAUGUAUUUAACAAAAUCUUUUUAUUUGUAAUAAUUUUUUAAAAAGCUGAAUGGAAAUUGAUUUCCCAUGUACUUGUACAUAAAUAAACAUUUCCUGUUGCCCCCAA